AGCCCAUAUCGGCUGAAAGGCCCAUAGCAAGUCCAGUUCUCUGUCUCAUCAUCCUUCCCUUGCCUUCUCAGCUCUCGCCUUUACUUUACAGGGAAGAGACGAAGAGUUAAGUCGCAGACUUGCAGUAGCGGAACAGAGAGGGUUUUAGAAAUUUGCACGAGAGCGCUAUGCCGGAAGCUAAGAGCAGAAAGCGCAAGAGAGGAAAGAAGAGUGGCAGCAAGCCGCAAAUUCAGCAACAGAAGGAGAUUAAGUCGAACGAUGUGACAAAGGCCAAACAUGGUAGUCAAAGUAACGAACUUGCUGCGGCUUCGAAGCGGCCAAAGUCGUCGUCUUCUUCUUCUUUCCUUGAUAAGAUGAAAGCCAGAUUAGCUGGUGGGCAUUUCAGAAUGCUGAAUGAAACACUCUACACUUGCACUGGAGGGGAGGCAUUUAACUAUUUCACAGAAGAUCCAUCGUUAUUUAACAUGUUCAUUGAGUUGGCCUCAUCUUACUCGCAGCUGAAAAUCCUGUCAAGAAUUCAAACCUCACUAUCAUACAGGGUAUCAAGAACAAAUGUCACACUGGCCUGAGCAACCUGUAAAUGUAAUCAUAAAGUGGCUAAAAGAUCAUAACCGUUCGUUUAUUGUUGCCGAUUUUGGCUGUGGAGAUGCACGCCUAGCGAAGAAUGUAAAGAAUAAGGUGUUCUCUUUUGAUCUCAUUUCGAAGGAUCCUUCAGUAAUUGCUUGUGAUAUGUCAAAAACACCCCUUGAUUCUUCAACUGUAGAUGUAGCUGUGUUUUGCCUUUCACUGAUGGGCACUGAUUAUCCAAGUUACCUCAACGAAGCACAACGGGUGCUUAAGCCAGGUGGUUGGCUUCUGAUAGCAGAGGUAAAAAGUAGGUUUGAUCCAAUUACUGGAGGGGCAGACCCAAAUAAGUUUGUGAAAGCCAUUUCCGAGUUGGGGUUUACAUCUGUGCUGAAGGAUUUCUCAAACAAAAUGUUCAUUUUGUUCCAUUUCCAGAAGAAGAAACGGGAAAGCUCGAAGAGUAAAGCAAUUGAGUGGCCGGAGUUGAAGCCUUGCUUAUACAAGCGUCGGUGAUAUCGCAAAGUCCAAAGCCUACUUACUGUUUAGGUUCAUAGGAGUUGUGGUUUGAUUUGACACUAUCCUUAUACAGCUUCUGAAUCUCUUAUAUGUAGCAAGUAUCUCCCUUUAUCAGCUUGCUUGAUGAAAUGCCUUGGUAUUAGCAUAAAACUGAGGCUUGACGAGUUUAAGGAAUGAGAAAAUGCCUACUGUUUUGUCUUUGUAUUCAGAGUUCGGAGUUCGGACAUAGGUGGAUCCAAGCUCACUCACAUUGUAUCUCUUUUUGUAAGCGUGCUUAAUGGAAGUGCCUCGGUUUUGGUCUUGUCCCACUGAAUAAAGCUUGUGAUCUUCCAUUAAUGAACCCAAUUUCGGUUCCAUGUUUUUGUUUCUUCGAGGAA